GGAAGAGGGCAGGGGAUUCUGGCGAGCGAGCGAAGGCGAGGAGGAGCGAAGGCGAGGGGAGGAGGAGCGGUGGGAGGAGGAGUAGAAGACAAAAGCCGAAAGCGAGGAGGACGCCGACCGCACUCUGCAGCCGGGAGGGGACCGUCGGUGCCGCUAGCAGAGAGGCCGCAGUGCGCGGGGCAUCCCGGUAGGCAGGCAGCAUGGGGAAAGGAGGCAACCAGGGCGAGGGGAGCACUGAGCGCGAGGCGCCGAUGCCCACCUUCAGCUGGGAGGAGAUUCAGAAGCACAACCAGCGCACCGACCAGUGGCUCGUCAUUGACCGCAAAGUCUACAACGUCACCAAAUGGUCCAGGCGGCAUCCGGGGGGCCACCGGGUCAUCGGGCACUAUUCCGGAGAAGAUGCUACGGAUGCCUUCCGUGCCUUCCACCUUGAUCUUGACUUCGUGGGCAAGUUCUUGAAGCCCCUGCUGAUUGGUGAACUGGCCCCAGAGGAGCCCAGCCUAGACCGUGGCAAGAACUCUCAGAUCACCGAGGACUUCAGGGCCCUGAAGAAGACAGCUGAGAACAUGAACCUAUUCAAAACCAACCACCUGUUCUUCUUCUUCCUCCUGGCCCACAUUAUCGUCAUGGAGAGCAUCUCCUGGUUCAUCCUCUACUACUUUGGCAAUGGUUGGAUUCCCACCCUCAUCACGGCCUUUGUCCUUGCUACCUCCCAGGUCCAAGCUGGAUGGCUGCAACAUGAUUAUGGCCAUCUUUCUGUCUACAAGAAGUCCAACUGGAACCAUGUCGUCCACAAGUUUGUCAUUGGCCACUUAAAGGGUGCCUCUGCCAACUGGUGGAACCAUCGUCACUUCCAGCAUCAUGCCAAGCCCAACAUCUUCCACAAGGAUCCUGACGUGAAGAGUCUACAUGUGUUUGUCCUCGGGAAGUGGCAGGCUCUGGAGUAUGGCAAGAAGAAGCUGAAAUAUCUGCCUUACAACCACCAGCACGAGUACUUCUUCCUGAUUGGUCCACCGCUGCUCAUCCCCAUGUACUUCCAAUAUCAGAUCAUCGAGACCAUGAUUACUCGCAGGGACUGGGUGGACUUGACCUGGGCCAUCAGCUACUAUGUACGUUUCUUCUCUACCUACAUCCCUUUCUACGGCAUUCUGGGAGCCCUGGUUUUCCUCAACUUCAUCAGGUUCCUGGAGAGCCACUGGUUUGUGUGGGUCACACAGAUGAACCACAUUGUCAUGGAGAUUGAUCUUGACCAGUACCGGGACUGGUUCAGCAGCCAGCUGGCAGCCACCUGCAACGUGGAGCAGUCUUUCUUCAAUGACUGGUUCAGUGGGCACCUCAACUUCCAGAUUGAACACCAUCUCUUCCCCACCAUGCCCCGGCACAACUUGCACAAGAUUGCCCCGCUGGUGAAGUCUCUAUGUGCCAAGCACAGCAUCGAGUACCAAGAGAAGCCACUACUGAGGGCCAUGCUGGACAUCAUCAGCUCCCUGAAGAAGUCUGGGCAGCUGUGGCUGGAUGCCUACCUCCAUAAAUGAAGCAGCAGUCCUUGGGGCACUGGUGGGGAAGGGCCACAGGUGGGGGUGAUGACUAGAGGGAGGGGAGGGCUUUUGUUCUGAAGGGUUCCCAUGAGACUGGAGUACUCACUGGCUCUCAUACCCCAUGCUUAGUCUUUCUUCAUUUCUUGCCCUUCCCUUCUUACAAUCCCCCACACCUAUCCCUUCAUGGGGUCCUCUCUGUCAGCGCUAGCCCUGUCCCUUCUGCCUUCUAGAGCUCUUUCUCCCAAGGAAUGAGAGAGAGGAACCAUAGCAGAUCGCUAUGCCUUUGCCUCUAGCUUCUGCCCUUAAUGAUCUUUAGAGGCCAGGGCUUCUAGUGACUGACCUGAGACCCCCUCCUUGCAGCCUGGUUACCAGGCCUUAGGUUCCCCCCUUUUGUCCCACAGACACUUUUGAAGGCCAUGGGAUAGUGUCCAGGCCUGGCUUCAACCUCCCUCUAGCCUUAAGAUAUACCUGUUUGGAGGAAGGCGUACUUUGUAUUUUGGAUGUCCUUCCCAUGGCUGGGAUUGGUACUUAGGGCCUCUCACCAGCUGCCCAGGUUCAGCUUAGAACCUUGAGGCCCAGGGAGGAGCCCUCCUGUGCCUACCACCACAGCGCCAGGACCUGAGGUUUUUUUUACAGGUUCUAAUCCAUUGUCUACCCAACUUCAGAGACCAAAGGGGGUGUCCCUUUUGUGGGCUCAGCAGAGGCAGUGACCAGGAUAAGGGAGGGACUAGCCAGCCUGGAGCUGCAGCCCACCUUCCACCCCAGCCACAUGCUUGUCUUGAGAGACUUCGGAUUCUAGAGGGCUCGAUCUCCUUCCAAAUCCUCUGGCCAGUUCCAGUGUGCUUGGCCUAGAGGGUGUGGGGCCUGCAAGAGGGUCCCUGAGCUUGCUGAAAUUCUCUGAGUGGGACUGCAACUCUAGCCAGCACUUGGCCACUCACCUACUCUUUCCUGUUUUUACUCUUUCUUUUAGCCGUUGCUGUGUUAACACUGGCUACAGGAUGCUUUCUAAUAGGAGGGUAACCAAGGCCUGGGCCUUAAGACAAUCUACCUUUACUAGAUGCCCCUUGCCAGGCUCCCCUAAGCCUCUGUGGGCAGAGCCAGGCUCCCACAUGAAGGCCACACUAGAUGCUGUGGAGUAAGGCAGGGGAAGUGGGGGAUAGGUGGGUCUCAGGAGGACCAUGGGAAGGGGGGAAUCUAGUGAGGGCCAAGCAGGAACAGAGAAGGAAGGGGAGGCUGAGCUGGAGGCCAGGGCAGCUGAGGGCAUGGGGGAAGGGUGAGGGGGCAGGAGGUAUUGGCUGUAUCAGGAGAGACCCACACUGUGUCAUUCUGAAAUCUAACCCACUAACCGAUGUCUAGGUCUGAGGGAGAGGCCAAGAGUGAUCUGAGGAACGCUUCUAGGUAAUCCCAGUUCUAGCCAGUUAAGAGAGACCAACUGGUGUUCCCCCCUACACACCCCAGAGGCAAAGUAACCUAUAAGGAACUGAUCUUAAUUUGUAUCACAUUGCUUCUUCACCCCUACUUUGUUGGGAAAUAAAAAAAAGUAAUUUUA